AGAUCCAUUCUGUCAACAAUGGGAUUCUGCUGGUGUCUUUACUGCACCCUUCGCUUUAUUGCAAUGUGCAAGCGGUACUUUAUUCUUGCACAUCUGGGAUCGAAAUAAUUUCGGUUUGAUAGUCAUUUUUUUUAUUGGUUUAUUGGUUUUGCUCCUAACUGAGACACUAUCUGUCAGAUUCAUGUAUGAAUAUUCUCGUCCCGCCUGACCAUAAGGAUUGUCACUAUCAAAACCUCUUAUUCUACAUAUUUUGUCCGGAACAAAGCGGCUUGAGAAAUAGACUCUGAAAAAUGUCGGGGCAAGUGGUCAUUAGCUUGGAGGAUCAAGAAAGAAUGCGAGACAAGGAACAAAUCCGAUGUCUCCGAAAGAUGCUGUUCGGACCUCAUCUAAACAGGGAUUUAUAUUGUAACAGUACGUGGGAUGAAAUCUCCUGUUGGCCCGACACGGAGCCUAACACCACGGUACACCUGCAGUGUGCGGACUACAUCAACGGGUUCUACGUCAAUAAUUACGCUUCCCGGAAGUGCAUGCCGGACGGACAGUGGUACGUACAUCCGGUCCUGAAUAGAACAUGGACCAACUAUUCUCAGUGCUUCAACAAGAAAGUAAUAACAAACGAACCGAAAGUCGGGGGCAUUCUAGAGACUCACAUGGAACACAUUCGCCUCAUGUAUAACAUCGGGUAUGGACUGUCCUUUGCUACCCUGACUGUAGCAGUAUUCAUUAUGGUCUAUUUCAAAAGGCUACACUGCCCGAGGAACACCGUCCAUCUCAACCUAUUUAUAGCCUUUAUGUUACGGGCACUUGUCUCUUUGCUGAAAGAGAACCUCCUGGUCCAGGGGCUGGGUCUGCCAUCAGACGUAGAACAGACGCCAUAUCACACCGUUAUCUUCAUAGAGGAAGGGCCGCAUUGGGAGUGUAAGAUGCUGUUCACUGUGUUCUAUUACGUGCUGAUGGCCAGCUACAUGUGGAUCUUCGUGGAGGGACUCCACCUACAUACCCUGAUCAUGGUCUCCGUUUUCUCGGAGCGUAGCAGUGUCAAGUGGUACCUGUGCAUUGGUUGGGCUGUUCCAUUUAUUUUCCUCAUUCCAUGGAUAAUUGUACGGGUAUUAUUGGAGAAUGUAUAUUGUUGGAACACGAAUCCUACGCCUGGAUACAUGUGGAUAUUGAAGAGUCCUGUUGUUGUCGUCACUGUCAUUAACUUUGUAUUUUUCAUAAACAUACUUCGAGCUUUAUUCACGAAGAUGAAAACACCUGUAUCAAAAACAGCAAAACGGCACAAAUACAGGCGUUUGGCAAAGUCAACACUUGUACUCAUUCCACUGUUUGGUGUACAUUACGUAAUCUUUUUGGGACUUCCGGAUAAGGAUGUAGAGCCGGAAGCGGAAGUUAUCAAGCUUUAUUUUGAAAUGUUUUUAAACUCGUUUCAGGGUCUACUCGUGGCAAUCUUGUUCUGCUUCAUGAACAACGAGGUGCAGAUGGAAAUUAUGAAAAGGUUGUGUAAUCGGGGCCCUUAUUACCGAUACCGGAGAUAUUACCGACAUUCUAGUCAAGGAGGAUCUUUCAGGUGUGUUUGUCAAACUCGAAACAACCAAAAUCAGAACAGUUUCAAACUAGACGUCGCCGCUAGAAGGUCCUCUGGGGAUAAUAGCAGCACCCUGCUUUUGAAUCCGUCUAAAUACCCACAAGAACCCUGUUAUUGCGGAUGGCACGUGGACUCGAAAGGACAUUUGUGUCGAAAUUUUGUGAGACAUGAUGACAAUCUAAGGAGAGCACAAAGUUGUUUAUAACGAAAAUACGGGUCUUUUUUAUUUCAAUGUUUAUUAUAUAUAUGAAUUAUAUUAUAUAUAUGAAUUAUUUUGCUAUUAAACUGUUGCAGCGUUACAAUGUGUAAUGUUUGUACUGUCCUUAACUACUUACUGAUUUGUAUUUACUCAUGCACCUUUUUAUUUGUACAAUUACAAGUUUACAUGAUCACAGUAUCAAAUGAUCUAUGAUCAUC